AUGGCGGCUUUGCGUUUUUCCCCACCUUCUGCGUUCGACUUUACCCAUCCUGGGCAAUGGACUGCGUGGAAGCUGCGAUUCAAUCGGUUUCGAAUCGCCAGCAAACUAGACGAGUCCUCGGAUGAGGUACAGGUAGCUACUCUAGUGUACACCAUGGGCAUGGACGCUGAUCAGGUGUUUGAGCACCAGCUUGGACUAUCGGACGACCAGAAGAAGGAUUUUGAUGAAGUUUUGAAGGCGUUCGACACGUACUUCACCCCAUCCGUCAACAUAGUUCACGAACGCUCCAAGUUCGAGCAAAUUAUCCAGCAGCCCGGCCAGAGUCUUGACGAGUUUGUGCGUGCCUUGUAUAAAGGUGCGGAGCAUUGUGCGUUUCAAGCAGAAACAGACAACCGGAUUCGAGAUCGACUGAUCGCACACAUGCGUGACAAACGUGUCAGCCGAGAAUUGCAGAUGAAAGCCCCCUCGGAGCAAACACUUGCCAAGUCUCUCGAGUUUGCACGACAGGCAGAGCGUGUUGCACAGCAGGUUGCAGAGCAGUCGUCAGAUAGUCGUGGUGCAUCCUCUGUUGGACCUGGUGGACUCGCAGCUGCUGGUGUACACCAAAAGAAACGACCCGACAGCAGGCAAUGGCAUCGCGAACAAGAAACGCAUGCUGCUCCAUCCUCAUCGUGCUGCCCCAACUGCGGCGGUAGGACGCAUCCAAGAGAUCGAUGUCCAGCUCGAGGCAAGUCGUGCCGGUCGUGUGGAAAGAAAAACCAUUUUGCGAAAGUUUGCAGGGCGACCCAUCAAUCGUCUGCCGUCGGCAUGAACUCAGUUGGCUUUGCACCGGACGAAUCUGACGACCCAGAGCAGUUUUUUGUUGGCACUACCGCUGCGGACAACUCAGACACCUCGCCUUGGUUUGCAGAGUUGCAAGUUGGCACAACGAUGGUACGCUUCAAGCUGGACACAGGGGCGGAUGUGUCAACGAUGUCCAAGACUGUAUGGCUCAGCAUUAGUCCACAACCCACACUCCAAUCAACAAAGGUACAAUUGCGUGGUGCCGAUGACCAGCUUCUACCUGUGUGUGGCGUUUUUUCAGCUAGCCUGAAGUACAAGGGCAAGGCCACCGAUGUUCGAAUGUACGUGUUGGAGCGUGCAAGUGGUUGCCUACUCAGCCGCUCUGCAUGUGAUGAACUUGGACUUGUCAAGCGCGUGAGUGCCACCCGUGCUCAGGUCCAACCUCCAUCUGGAAAGCCGCUGGUCGGAUGCAUGGAGGGACCGCCUGCACAUAUCCACCUGCAGUCCGAUGCGACGCCAUACCGUUGUGUGACAGCCCGACGAGUCCCACACCACCUUUUUGGUAAGGUGCGCGAAGAGCUCGCGAGAAUGGAGGAUGGUGGCAUCAUAACAAAAGUCAAGGAGCCCACAGAAUGGUGCUCGCCAAUGGUUCCGGUACUGAAGCCGAAUGGAAAGGUUCGGAUAUGCGUCGACCUGAAACGGCUAAAUGCAUCCGUGAAGCGGGAAGCGUUCCAGCUACCGACCAUUGAGGACACAUUGGCCACGCUGUCGAACUCGACCGUAUUUACCACUCUUGACACAGCCAAUGGGUUUUGGCAGAUUCCACUGUCGUCGGACUCUGCCAAGCUAACGACGUUCAUUACGCCUUUUGGAAGGUACCACUUCAACCGGUUGCCAUUCGGCAUAACAUCAGCGCCCGAGAUUUUCCAGGCCCGAGUCUCCGGUCUCCUGGAUGGUCUCCCCGGCGUGUCAGUGUACAUGGAUGACAUCAUCGUCUACGGCCGCACAAUGGAGGAACAUGACCGUCACUUGGCAGAAGUCAUGCGGGUUCUGGAUGCCGCACACAUUACGCUCAACAAGGAGAAGUGCCGGUUCAGACAGAGCCAAGUGAAGUUCCUGGGUCACCUGAUCACCAACAAGGGAGUAUUGCCGAACCCUGCCAAGAUCUCAGCUAUCACCAGCCUAAAGCCACCCAAAGAUGUCUCUGACCUGAGACGCCUGCUUGGAAUGUUCAAUUUCCUGGCCCGUUUCAUACCCAACCUUUCCGAGGUGAGCUCUCCUCUGCGGACCUUACUUCGCGACGACACUGUCUGGAAUUGGGCCGAGCCACAGCAGGAAGCAUUCAAUCGUCUGAAGCAGUUGGCCACAGAGGCCCCGUGUCUGGCGUUCUAUGACCCAAGCCGCCCAACAGUUGUCAGUGCCGACGCAAGCAGCUAUGGCCUUGGCGCAGUUCUGCUUCAGCAACACGGUACAGACUACCGAGCAGUUGCCUAUGCAUCUCGUUCUCUCACCGAUACCGAACGCGAGUACGCCCAGAUAGAGAAAGAAUGUCUGGCAGUCGUGUGGGCAUGUGAGCGUUUCCACAGCUUCGUAUACGGGUGUCCAUCUCUCGUCGUGCAUACGGACCACAAGCCGUUGAUUCCGUUGAUUAAUACCCGUGACCUCAACAGAGUUCCACUCCGCUGCCAACGUCUGCUGAUGAGACUGAUGGCAUACAACCCCACAGCAGUCCACAUACCAGGGAAGAACCUCGUUGUGGCGGAUGCUCUGUCACGAUCACCUGAGCCAUGCACGGAGACACCGUCACUCGAUGCCGAGAUUACGAUCAACGUUGCGGCUUCCAUUCAAUCCAUCGUGUCAUCCGGAAAGUCCCGGGAGAUUGCCUCUGCCACUGCUGCCGACCCAGUCCUGAACCGUGUCCUGCAGUACAUCCGCACCGGAUGGCCUAGCUCAGCGAAAGGUCUCGAGCAGGACAUACAGCCGUACUACCACGAACGUCAGUUGUUGUCGUGUGUGGACGGAGUGGUCUACCAUGGCCCACGUAUCGUCAUUCCACCCAGCAUGCGCUCCGCUGUUCUCGCUUCCCUGCAUGACGGGCAUCUGGGAGUGUCCAAAUGCAAGGCACGCGCCAAAGAUUCCAUCUGGUGGUCUGGCCUCAGCAAGCAGAUUGAGAACAUGGUUGCCACGUGCCCCACCUGCACGAAACACCGCACACAGCACCGGGAGCCCCUCAAGCCGGUUCCACGCCCAGCUCUGCCCUGGAGCACGAUUGGCUGUGACCUCAUGGAGCACAGAGGAAAGUCGUACCUUGUCGUCGUUGACUACCUAUCUCGCUACCUAGACGUAAUCCCCAUGACGUCCACCACAUCUGCUCGUGUCAUCGCACACUUGCACAGUCUAUUUGCCGUUCACGGGAUUCCAGACACAGUGGUCUCCGACAACGGGCCGCAAUUCGGCAGUGCCGAAUUUCGAAGUUUUGCCACAUCGUAUGGUUUCACACACCGAACGUCAAGCCCGCAGUACCCGCAAUCUAACGGCGAAGCGGAACGAGCUGUACGCACCGCCAAGGGUCUUCUGGAGAAGAAUACCAGCUUAGCAGACGCACUCCUCGCUUACCGUGCUACGCCAUUAGCAAACGGGUUCGCACCAGCUCAGCUUCUAUUCGGUCGCCGCCUCCGGACAACACUGCCAGUCACUGCAGAGCAGCUAAAACCGGAAUGGCCUGAUCUGACCGCCGUCGCUGAGAAAGAAGCAACUCAACAAGACCGUCAGAAAGCAGACUUUGAUCGGAGGCAUGCAACACUCCCCCUCCCUGUGUUGCAACCAGGAGACAAGGUUUGGCUAGCUGACACUGGUGCGGAAGGCACUGUGCUGGAACAGCUCAGUGACCGCUCGUAUCGUGUACGCAUCGGGUCUUCGGGAGCAACGCUUCGAAGGAAUCGGCACCAUUUGAUCCAGCAACCAUCAGCACCACCGGUCGACACUGAUGGCCCUGUGUGUAAUGCCCAGCCAAAUGCAGCCGAGCCAGAUCGACCAAUUCGUCACAAUCGUGGCCAGCCAGCGCGGCGUCUCAUCGAAGAGUGUUGA